AUGGGCUGCCUGGGAGGGAAGACGGAGGAAGAACGACUGGACGAAAAAGCCAAACGGGAAGCCAACAAGAAGAUAGAGAGACAGCUGCAGAAAGAGCGACAAGCGUACAAAGCCACACACCGACUGCUACUGCUAGGAGCAGGGGAGUCGGGUAAGAGCACUAUUGUUAAGCAGAUGAGGAUUCUCCACGUGGAUGGUUUCAAUGCUGAAGAGAAGCAGCAGAAGAUUCAAGACAUCAGGAAGAAUGUGAAGGACGCCAUUGUGACCAUAGUGUCUGCCAUGAGCAUGUUGACGCCGCCCAUUCCUAUUGGUAACCCUGCCAACCAGUUCAGAAUUGACUACAUCAAAGGCAUCGCACCGCUGUCUGACUUUGAAUACACUGAGGAUUUCUUUGAGCAUACUCAGAAGCUUUGGGAGGAUGAAGGCGUGAAGGUGUGCUACGAGCGCGCCAACGAGUACCAGCUGAUUGACUGCGCUAAGUACUUCCUGGACAAGUUAAACUUAGUCAGAAGGGCCGACUACACCCCUACUGACCAGGAUUUGCUCCGCUGCAGAGUUCUCACUUCAGGGAUUUUUGAAACCCGCUUCCAAGUGGACAAAGUCAACUUUCAUAUGUUUGACGUAGGAGGGCAGAGGGACGAACGCAGGAAGUGGAUCCAGUGCUUUAAUGACGUGACGGCUAUCAUCUUUGUAGCAGCGAGCAGCAGCUACAACAUGGUGAUCCGAGAGGACAACUCCACCAAUCGACUGCGGGAAUCCCUCGACCUUUUCAGAUCCAUUUGGACCAACAGGUUUCUGAAGACCAUCUCGGUCAUUUUGUUCCUGAACAAACAAGAUGUUCUUGCUGAUAAAAUACUGGCAGGGAAAUCCAAACUGGAGGAUUAUUUCCCAGAAUACGUGAACUACACCGUUCCUCCAGAUUCUGUUCCAGAUACAGAUGAGGACCCCAGGGUGACCAGAGCCAAAUUUUUUAUCAGAGAUGAGUUUCUGAGGAUCAGCACAGCAAGUGGCGACGGCAAACACUACUGCUAUCCUCACUUCACGUGCGCGGUCGACACAGAGAACAUCCGCCGUGUCUUUAACGACUGUCGUGACAUCAUCCAGAGAAUGCACCUGCGGCAAUAUGAGCUGCUCUGAAUGGCUGACUGUGGCCUUUCUCUUUCUGGAUCAAG